CGCAUAAAUAGUGCCCUGCUAGCGACAUUUCGAGCCCCCUCGCACCAUUGUCCGCCUCUCGAUCGCGACGCCUCCCUUAGUUCCUUAGUUCUUCAACAUGAAGCUCUCCAUCGCCACCGCGUCUCUCUCCUCAUAAUGGCAAUCCCAGCUAAAACAACAUCCUUCGGUUCUCUUGCACUCUUCGACAUAUAAUGCCGGCUUUUAAGCCCGUAACGGCCCAGCAAAGACGCCGAUUCGGACAGGUUGCCGACCCGGUUGGGAUCGUGCUCGGGAUGAGCACAUGCGUGACGCCGGCGGGUGUAGACUGCCCAUCGCCUAGCAAGGAUAUCGGCAUCGUCCUCUACAACGGUCCUUUCGCCGUCCACGGUGAGCCUGGCAGCCAGCUGCCGGACCAGAUCUUUACGGUCACAGUCCCGGCCUCUAUGCGCGAGGGCAAGGCCGUCAUCGGGCUCGCGCAGUUUGCUCUUCUCGGGGGUGGUCGGCCUUGGGUCCAGACCGACAGCUUCACUGUCAAUGUCGAGCACUAAGCGGCAUAAGCCACUUGUUAUCAUUAUUCUUUGUCACCUACGUAGUUCAUUUCCGCGGCCUUUGUAUCGCUGGUUCAGCAUUGGGCUAUUAUUUAUCACACCCAGACCACGUUCUUUACACUGCUACAUUCGUGAAUCGAAGUGGUGGAAGGAUGUAUGGUAACUU